AUCCGCGAGCACCAGGAGGGCUGCCCGCGCCUCACCUGGGCCGAGGAGAUCCGGUCCAUCGCCGCGCAGCCGGCCGGGUUCGCGUGCAUGUCGACGCUCCAGGCGGGCGACGGCCCCACGGGCGGCUUCCCGAGCGGGUCCAUGGUCGGCUUCGCCAUCGAGGAAGAGUCGGGCCGCCCCAUCUUCUGCUUCGCGUCCAUGAGCGGCCACACGAAGAACCUCGUCAAGGACGCGCGGUGCUCGCUCACGGUGACCGAGUCGGCGUUCGAGGGCGCCGCGGACGCGCGCGCGGUCUUCACGGGCGAGGUCAACGUCAUCAAGGACAAGGACGAGGACGCGGCGGCGCGCCAGACCUACCUGGCGUCGCACCCGGGCGCGUUCUGGGCGAACUUCGGCGACUUCAAGAUGUACCGCAUGGACGAGAUCCUCGACGUGUCGUUCGUCGGCGGCUUCGCGCGCGCGGGCGGCGUCACGGUGGACGAGUACAUGGAGGCGUCCGUGGAUCCCUGCCUCGCCUUCGCGGCGCCGGUCAUGGCCCACAUGAACGACGACCACGCGUCGUCGCUCAAGCAGUACGUCGAGGUGCUGGUGGGCGCCGCGCCCGUGAAAUCCGCGGAGAUGAAGCGCCUGGACCGCUUCGGCAUGGACGUGCGCAUCGAGGACGAGGCGACGGGCUCCAAGGGCGUCCUGCGCGUGCCGUUUCCCGAGCCCGUCACGGAGCGCAAGAAGAUCAAGGACGCGAUCGUC